GCAGCGAGGGGGUGGCGGCGGCGGGCGGGGAAGCGCCAGCGGGCGCACCGAGAGCAGCGGCAGCGCCGGAGCGCAGGAAGCUAUUGAUUGCCUAGAAAUUAAAAGAGGGUGUGAGAAGUCUGAUCAAGGUGGAAGGUUUUUUUCCCAAGAGCUUUUUCACUACUGCCUUUUGCAAAAUCUUCAGAUGGUCCCAUUUGUGCCAUGAUUUGUGGCUCUCACCGUAAGAGGAAUUUGUCUUGAUGAAGAUUCCUAACAUUGGUAAUGUGAUGAAUAAAUUUGAGAUCCUUGGGGUUGUAGGUGAAGGAGCCUAUGGCGUUGUACUUAAAUGCAGACACAAGGAGACACAUGAAAUUGUGGCUAUCAAGAAAUUCAAAGACAGUGAAGAAAAUGAAGAAGUCAAAGAAACCACUUUACGAGAGCUUAAAAUGCUUCGCACUUUGAAACAGGAGAACAUUGUGGAGCUGAAGGAAGCCUUCAGAAGAAGAGGAAAAUUAUACUUAGUUUUUGAAUAUGUGGAAAAAAAUAUGCUUGAAUUGCUAGAAGAAAUGCCAAAUGGAGUUCCACCAGAAAAAGUGAAAAGCUACAUCUACCAGCUAAUAAAAGCAAUUCAUUGGUGCCAUAAGAAUGAUAUUGUUCAUAGAGAUAUCAAGCCAGAGAACCUCUUAAUAAGCCACAAUGAUGUUCUGAAGUUGUGUGACUUUGGCUUUGCUCGGAAUCUCUCUGAAGGAAGCAAUGCUAACUAUACAGAAUAUGUGGCUACCAGAUGGUACCGCUCACCUGAACUCUUGCUUGGAGCCCCUUAUGGCAAGGCUGUGGAUAUGUGGUCUGUAGGCUGCAUCCUGGGGGAGCUGAGCGACGGGCAGCCCCUGUUCCCUGGCGAGAGUGAGAUUGACCAGCUCUUCACCAUUCAGAAGGUGCUGGGCCCACUGCCAGCCGAGCAGAUGAAGCUCUUCUACAGCAACCCACGCUUCCAUGGCUUGCGGUUUCCAGCAGUCAAUCAUCCACAGUCUUUAGAGAGAAGAUACUUGGGAAUUUUAAGCGGUGUACUGCUUGAUCUUAUGAAGAACUUACUGAAGUUAGAUCCAGCAGAUAGAUAUUUGACAGAACAAUGUUUGAACCACCCUUCAUUUCAAACCCAAAGACUCUUGGAUCGCUGUGGAAGUUCACCUUCACGGUCAGCUAAGAGAAAACCUUACCAUGCAGACAGCAACACUUUGUCUAACAGAAAUCAAGCCAGCAAAAGUUCUGCUUUGCAGUCACACCACAGAUCAAACAGCAAGGAUAUGCAGACACUAGGGGCUGGCGGGCCAAGAGAAGAGGGGCUUCCAGCAAAUGAAAGCUUUUUAAAUGGAAACCUUCCUGGACCUGCCCCUAGUCCAAUGCAUGCAAAAAAACCGAGCAACACACCAGGAUCUGGCAACAAGGAUAUAGCCAAUAAUAACAUGCCACAUCUUCUCAGCCCAAAGGAACCAAAGGGAAAAACAGAGUUUGAUUUUAAUGUGGACACCAAAAGUUCUGAUGGUUCAGGCACAAAGUACCUGAAGUCUAACACCAGAUCUCAGCAGAACCGGCACUCCUUUAUGGAAACUUCUCAAAGCAAGACUGGGACGCUGCAGCCUGGUGACAAGCACAGUCGCCACAGCUACAUCGACACCAUCCCGCAGUCUUCUAAGAGUCCCUCCUAUCGGACAAAGUCCAAGAGCCAUGGAGUUCUGACAGACUCAAAAUCCGUGGGCAACCUUUCUGAGGCCAGGGCCCAAGCUGCAGAACCAAACACCAGUAGGUAUUUUCCAUCCAGCUGUAUGGACUUGAACUCUCCUACCAGUCCGAGUGCUCCCCGGCACAGCGAUAGCAGAACUAUGCUCAGUCCAUCUGCGAGGAAUAACCGCAGCGAGGGUACCCUGGACACCCGAAGACCACCAACCAGACACUCCAAAACAAUGGAGGAGUUAAAACUGCCAGAUCACAUGGAUGGAAGCCAUUCCCACUCUGUAUCUGCUCCACAUGAAUCUUUUUCCUAUGGUCUAGGUUAUACCAGUCCUUUUUCUUCACAGCAGCGCCCUCAUAGACACUCUAUGUAUGUGAGCCGGGACAGAGUGAGGUCAAAGGGCUCAGAGGGUGGCUUAAGUGUAGGGCAAGGGAUGGCAGCCAGAGCAAACAGCCUGCAACUGUUAUCUCCACAGGUGCAGCAUAAGUCACUCACAAGGUCUGUUGGCUCAUCACGAGAAGACUGUACAGAAGAUUCUAAUAGGGGUGGAGCAUAUCAUGAUCCACACACAGAAGAUGGAGCAUCUACUAAGGAGAAUAGAAUUCUGUAUAAUGACCCUGUUCCGAGAAGAGUUGGCAGCUUUUACAGAGUUCCAUCUCCGCGUCCAGAGAGUACCUACAUAGAAAACAAUGUGUCCAACAGAGCCUCGGUGUUACCAGCAGACAGCACCACGGUGACAAACCACCCCAAGAGACAAACCACCUUUGACACCUGGAAAAGUCCUGAAAACCUUAACAGUCACUCAGAACAGCUCAAGGAGAAAGAAAAGCAAGGUUUUUUCAGGGCAAUAAAAAAGAAAAAGAAGAAAUCUCAAAAUUUUUUGUGUCUUAUAUUGCAGACAGACUCAACCAACGGCGAGAAUCCAAGCAUCAAGAAAUCCCUCUUUCCUCUUUUUAAUUCAAAGAAUAAUUUAAAGCAUAGUUCUUCUUUGAAAAAACUUCCUGUAGUCACUCUACCAAUGAUGCCUAAUACUGAAGGUCAGGAUCUCUUGGCAUUACAGAAAGCCAUUCAUUCUUCCAAUCACCAGAGCAGCAGACAGAAGGAUUGGCAUCCUGAGAAGAUGACAGAAAUUCAGCCUCAUAGCCAGCCGUUAAAAUCUCUUCGGAAGCUCUUACACCUCUCUUCAAACCAUCCCGUCGCUGCUGAGCCCCGCUUCCAGCCCUUACCCAGCCAGCCAGCCAAAGCCUCUUUUCCUGAAGUGCGAAUCCAUCCCAUGAGUCAAAGCUCCAGCAGCGGCAGCAGCAACGUGCGGCCAGAGCCGCAGGCGAAGAGCCGGCCGACGCUGCAGAUCCCGAGCCAGCUGGAGCCCACCUGGCACGUGUCCCCCGUGAACAGGAGCGUGAGCGACGGGCCCCCCUACUCGGACCAGCUGCCUGCCAAGAGCGGCCAGAACGGGCACAGCUACGGCCGCACGAACCGGCCGCGCAUGCCGAACCUGAACGAUCUCAAAGAGACAGCCUUGUAAUGGCACCCAGCAAACAGACCAGUGGGGGUGGAGAUCAGCCAUGGGGAGCGGUGGUGCUUCUGGUGAUGGUAAGACUGCAUUUUCAGCUUUAUACAGGUGUGCAAUAGGUACGUGUGGAGCUGUGCUGUUCAGCACCACGAGAGAGUCAGGGAUUUACAGGAGCACGAGUGGAACUAUGAAUUACCAGUCAUCAGAAAUGUCACUGGACGCCAGGCAGAGUGUGCCGGUCAGGGAGAAAAAUGCAUUGUCAUUUUCUCUCAUUUACAUUCCAGCUUAGUGCACAUCUCUGUCUGAAAGCUGGGAGACUUCUGGUAUGUAUUGGCACUUAUAAGGGUGAAAACAAUGUCUAGGCCUAUGCCCUUACUACAUUUUUUGCUGCCUAGUUAAAACAGUGGGGUUUAUGUGAUAAAAGUGUAUCCCUGUUAAGGGUUUAAAGUUAAAUUGUAUGUCUUAAAUUUGUUUUUUAAACUUCCAUAUUUGAUAGGAUUUGUAAUAUUUAUUUAUGAUGACCUAAUAUCGUACUGUUAUAAUCAUAUCUUUUAUGUUAUAAUGUAAAGUUAUUUUGAGCUGUUUGAAACAUUGUGAAGCAGUGCAACAGCUACAGUAGUUUCUAUAAAAAACUAACAGUAACAUUUAUAUAUUGCAUCAGGAGUAUUUUAUUCUAUAUAUAAAUAUAUAUAUAAAUGGAAAAUAACUGUCUGUUUUUUAAAUAUACUCAUUUAAAAGAAAAGUAUUGUUAUGACACUAUCUGCCAUAUUUUUUAUACAUUUGUGAUAUAAAGUGCAGUAUUAUACUUCUAAUAAAAGGAAGCUGAAUGUGGAUAGAAA